AGGUGCUCGCGCUCAGCCGCUCCUCCGCUCACAGCAGACAGACAUGUGACUCUGCCGUCCAUCCACGCACUUCUGAGGGAGCUCGGUAACUUUUCUCUGUCUCCGCCCAGGAAGCCCCUUCGCUCCUUCACCUGUCCAGGUGGGUCCUUGAAGGUCUUGGGAGAUGGACAAGCUGAAGUCCGUCCUGAGCGGCGAGGAGGCUCGCAGAGAUGACCGGAACGUCUUACAGGUGGUGAACGAAGCCUCCACUCUGGGCUGGGGGACUCGCCUCAAAGGCUUCGUCGCCUGUUUCGUGGUGGGGGCCGCGUGCACCGUCCUGGGAGUUUGUACGCUCUUCAUCCCCAGGAUCGGUAUCACACUCUUCAUUGUCUUUUAUACCUUUGGAAACAUCUGUACGCUGGCCAGUACAAUGUUCCUGAUGGGCCCCAUGAAGCAGUUGAAAAGGAUGUGUGACAAAACAAGAGCACUUGCCACAACAAUAAUGAUUACCUGCCUUGUGUUGACGCUCUGCGCUGCGUUUUGGUGGAAAAACUUUGGACUUGCUUUGCUGUUUGUCAUCUUGCAAGUCCUGUCCUUUACCUGGUACAGUCUGUCCUAUAUCCCAUGUGUGAGGGAGGCGAUCAUGAAGCUGGUGGCUAUGUGCAUGAAAUGAGCCUCAUGUUUGUGCUGGAGCUUUUUAAAGCAAACAGGUCUCUUGUUUCGUACUGUUUACUGAAAUUUCCUCCACGUCGUUAUUCUUCUAAGAGUCUGUGAUUCUUACUGCCCAUUCCUGAAUGUUGUAGCUUUGCUGUCUUUUUCCGUUUUUAUAUUUUUAUCAACUUGACCUUUGGCUCUUUUGUCUUAUUGAUCCCUCAAAUUUAACAAUUUUUGCUUUUGUGCCAGUGUGGAAAGUUAGUCAAUUGCUGAAGGAUUUGUAAAUAAACAGAUGAAGGGAUUUUGUGUGAAAAGAAAUUCAGGCAAGGAUACCAGCUUUUUCAUCUGCAGCAUGUCAUUGUUUAGACUCAGUAUAAGGUCUGUCAGCAAAUUCUUUUACCUUGUCUGAGAUAUUUAUGAAAAAUUGUUGUUGAUCAGAACAGUGAUAAUUUUCACUAAUUUUAUGACAAAAGCAAAUCAUGUAACAAAUCAUUCUUUUAGAAACAAGUUAGGCUGUGGCUCCUGAUCCAUGUGAGUGUUUACAUUUUAAUAUAGCACACUUUAAUAGUUUUCAGUUUUGGCAAAAUUGUUUGUUUCUUUACAUCUUCAUCAAGCAGCCAUUUAAAAAACAAACAUUGAACAAAAGUGAUAAAGAUGAUCAAAAAACUAAUGAAACCUUUUUUGUAUUAGUUAGAUUUUUGAAGUAUACUUUUGUAAUGAAAAAAUGCUCAAAAGCAAAGGUUCAUGAAAAGUGUUUGCUUUUAUUAUUGUACAACAAAAAAUGUGAACCUACAUGAAAAUAAAGAAAGAUUGAUGGCAUGGUA